GUCGAUGUUGCUCAUGGCGCCAUCUGGAAAUCAAAUCGUCGUCUGCUCUCGUGUACAUUCGUAACGUCGUCGAGAGACGGACAAUUCGCAAAGGGUAUUGUUCCAGCUCUUAAAAUGGCAGGAGCUUUGAAGAAGACCACUGGAUUGACAGGACUUGCUGUGUCAAUACAACCGCAUUAUUUUCUAUCAGUUCUGUAUAGUAAAGUUCUUCGAGCCCUCGAGAAAUUACCACAGGAUUAUAUAUAUAGGCAACAAACUGAAGAGAUUAUAAGAGAACGAGCAGCGAUUUUAAAGAAUAAUCCUGAUUGGAGAGAUGUUGAAGCCAAGAUUGGAUGUGGUCAAAUGGAGGAACUGAUGAUACAAGCUGAAAAUGAGUUACGUUUGGCUAAGAACAUGGUACAGUGGAAACCGUGGGAGCAGCCUGAGAUGCAGGAGCCACCAAACCAGUGGAAGUGGCCACCACACAAUUAAUUUGAUGAUUCUCGUAGGAAUCUGUAUAUUGUAAAAAACUUCUCACUCUAGAAUAUUGAUUAAAACAAACGUACGUAACUGCA